CACACUGGGCAUGAACGUCUCCCAUGGCUGGGCUUGUGGACACCUGCACCAUGAGAAAUAGACGUUUAAGUUUGCUGCCAGGGCUCUCUGCUCUACUGGUGUUGGCAUUGGGACCUUCAGCCCAGAGCGCUCCAGGCUGUGCCCCGUGGUGCCCGCGAAGGUCCUCAUGCAUCAAUGCCAUCACCUGUCGCUGCGAUCCGGGAUUCAGUUCAACCUCUGGAGAGAUUUUUACCAACGUCUUGGAGAGUUGUGAUGACAUCAAUGAGUGUGCACCACCCAUGGCGCCACCCUGUGGCAAAAUCGCAGACUGCGUGAACACGGAGGGCAGCUUCUACUGCAUGUGCAACCCAGGCUAUGGGCUCAGUUCUGGGGCUAAAACGUUCAGGAAUGAGAGUGAGAACACGUGUCAAGAUGCGAACGAGUGCACCUCAGGACAGAACCCGUGCCACAGCACCACCCACUGCCUCAACACCAUGGGUAGCUAUGAGUGUCGCUGCCGCCCUGGCUGGACGCCAGCUCCUGGGUCACCCAACGGCCCAAACACCACCAUCUGCAAAGAUGUGGACGAGUGCCACUCCGGGCAGCAUCAGUGUCACGUGUCCACCGUCUGCGUCAACACCGUGGGCUCCUAUCGAUGCCGCUGUCGUCAAGGGUGGAAGCUGAAGACCAGGAGCCUGAAUUACCAAACGGCCUGGAAUAACCAAACGGCCCGCAGUAACCAAACGAAAUCGGUGAACCAAUCGAGCGUGGUCUGCGAAGCAGCAAUCUCCUUGCCCAACUGGACUCAGCCCCAUGGAAUCAACAGUCAGAGUCUCUCUGAAUUCUUUGACAAAUUCCAGGCUCUGGGCAAAGACUUCAAGUCAGCUUCAGCCCAGAAAACCAUCGAGAAACUCAUGGAGAAUGUGGAUGAGCUCCUGGGAACUCCUGGGGACCUGGAGAUUCUGCCCCGCCCACAACAGCAUUGUGUGGCCAGUAACCUGCUCAUUGGUCUGGAGAAUGUCCUGAGAGACCUGAGCAAGGCCCUGCCUGAUGGGACAUUGACCCUCAAUUACUCUGCAGGCACAGCACUGUCCCUGGAUGUACAGAAGCAAGAAGAAAGGAAUGUUACUUUGAGCCUGAAUCAGGCAAAGAUGCAGCUGAACUGGGAUCUGGGACAGAACUCUGACAACACAGGCUCCUCUGCGGUGGGCCUUGUCUACACUCCAGGAAUGGGCAAGUUGCUGGCUGAAGCCCCUCUGGACCCAAAACCUGAGAAUCAGGCAGCUCUGAAUCAGAAUUCCAGUGAUGUGCCACAAGGAGUCCCCCCUGUCCUGCUCUCAGACAUCGUCUCUGCUUUUCUGAGCACCAAGAAUGCCCAGAACCUCAGCUCCCCGGUCACCUUCACCUUCUCCCACCGUACGCUGAGCUCUAGGCCAAGAGCAAAAGUGCUCUGUGUCUUCUGGGACCAUGGAGGGGAUGGAUGUGGUCACUGGUCCACCACAGGCUGCAGGAUGGUGACUACCAAGGAGGACAGCACCACCUGCCGCUGCACCCACCUCAGCAGCUUUGCUGUCCUCAUGGCCCAUAAUGACGUGCAGGAUGAGGACCCUGUGCUGAUCAUCAUCACCUACAUGGGAUUGGGCCUGUCUCUGCUGUGCCUCCUCCUGGCAGCCCUCACCUUCCUCCUGUGCAGAGCCAUCCAGAACACCAGCACCUCCCUGCACCUGCAGCUCUCACUCUGCCUCUUCCUGGCCCACCUCCUCUUCCUCACAGCCAUCAACCAAACCAAAUCCAAGGUGCUGUGCGCCAUCAUCGCGGGGGCCUUGCACUACCUGUACCUGGCCUCCUUCACCUGGAUGCUGCUGGAGGGCCUGCACCUGUUCCUCACCGCGCGGAACCUGAUGGUGGUCAAUUACUCCAGCGUGAACAGACUCAUGAAGUGGCUCAUGUACCCUGUGGGUUACGGAGUCCCCGUCGUGGUUGUGGCUAUCUCUGCAGGAGCCAGGCCUUGCCUUUACGGAACAUCUACGCACUGCUGGCUAAACCCAGAAAAGGGAUUUAUAUGGGCAUUCCUUGGACCUGUCUGCACCAUCUUUUCCGUCAAUUUAGCUUUCUUUUUGAUGACCAUCUGGCUUUUGAAAAGUAAACUGUCCUCCCUCAAUAGUGAUGUGUCCACCCUCCAGAACACAAGGAUGCUGACAUUUAAAGCACUGGCUCAGCUCCUCAUCCUGGGCUGCACCUGGUGUCUGGGCCUCCUGCAGGUGGGUCCAGGUGCCCAGGUCAUGGCCUACCUCUUCACCAUCAUCAACACCCUGCAGGGAGUCUUCAUCUUCCUGGUCUACUGCCUUCUCAGUCAGCAGGUCCGGGAGCAAUAUAGGAAAUGGUUCAAAGGGAUCUGGAAACCAAGAGCUGAGUCUGAGAUGCACAUGCUCUCCAGCAGGGGUACAUUGGACACCUCCAAACCCAACACGGAGAAUUCUAAUGAGCAGCUCAACUUGAUGGUCCUGUCUCCUGAAAAAUGAGGAAAACACUGAACCAUCAUCCACUGGAUAAGAGUAUUAAAAAGAUGCUUUCUGCUCUUUGCUACAAGUAACUGUCUUUGUGGAACCGUUGUGGGACAAAAUAUUGUUUUUGACACUCUGUUUCUGCAGAUUUGGGGUUUUCUGGACCAUACAGCAUGCUCAGCUAACUCCUACCUUCACAAUGUGACAGUCACCAUCUGAAUUUAGCCAUCACUAAAUUAUGGGAAAAUGUGACAUCAAAUAUCUCCUCAUAAGACAGGACAUCUCAAUAUCACCUUUGUGGUCAAUGAAGAGUUUUUUUACAAAUCAGUCUAACCUUAACCUAAUCCAGCCUUGAAGCCAAGGUCUGGAAAACCACAGCAUACAGGCUAAAUACAGCCUACUGGCUUAUUUUUGUAAAUAAAGUUUUAUUGGCACACCGCCAGUCCAUUCA